AUGAAGCCGUGUGCCAGAGCUGUUCGGGUCCAGUGUCCGUAUCUAGGAGCAGCAUUUGCCACUCAGCACUCUGCCUUCCGCAGAUUUGAAGAAGAUGUUUUCCCGGUUACUGCUGGCCAUUAUCCUCUGAGCAACAUCUUCGAUUUAGCCCGCAGCAUGAUCGAAACCAGUAUGCAUUUCCUCCAGAGGAGCGACCUAUACUCCACUGUAAAGCCAUAUUCACUCCGAUUUGAGCCCCCCGAUGGAUUUGAGCGCUCGAACAUCAAGCUCGAACGCCGCGAAGACCUCAAAAUUGAAGAUGCUCGGCCUAAUAUCAACAACUUUACUCUCGAGGAACAAGGCUUCAAAAUAGUAAACAUGGAGUCUAAGAUGAGGUAUGAGCAGUUUGAGGACGAUGCAAAGAUUGUUCAGGUCUAUCUCAGCGAAAUUGCCGACACCAUACGAGAGCUCCUCGGAGCAGCGCAUGUGCAGAUCUUCGAACACACGGUGCGCAAGCACACUACAGCAACGUGGGCUGCGGACAUGGUCCGCCGGCUUAAUGGCGACGAGAAGGCAGAAAAGCUCCUGAAAGGUCGGGUGCAGUGCGUGAAGUGA